AUGUUGCGAUUUGUACACGGGUGGAGUUUGGUGGUCCUUGUUACCGGACUAGCGGCUGUUCACAGCGAAGUGUGUCAGGUUCAACCAAAGUGCCAUUGUUCAAGACAAAGGAACACCACUAUCAGCUGUGGCAUAUACACAGGGACUUUAAUUCUUCCUCUCGGCUUUUCGAGUGUUAAGUUUGCCAGCCUGGAAAUUCGCGGGAACCGUGAGAUCAGGUAUAUUCCCAGUGGAACAUUCGCUGGUUUGAUCAUACAUAUUUUAGACAUACAACGCACCGGUAUUUCUGAUAUCAACUGUGAAGCUUUCAAUGGUAUAGGUGAAACGUUAUCCAAGAUUUCCCUGCCAAACAAUUGGUUAACUCGAGUGCCUGGUUGUGCUCUGGCUAGAUUUAGAUGGGCCACCGUUUUGGAUCUUGGGAACAACAAUAUUACUGCUCUUGUAAAAAACCAGUUCGUCAGUCUUCCCAGCUUACAGGAGCUGAACUUGAAGAAAAAUAGAAUAAUCACCGUUCCAAAAGAAGUAUUUUCUGGUCUUCAUGAACUAACUACCUUAGAUUUGUCGUACAAUCGUAUUAAGAAGUUAAAUUACGCGGUGUUCAAGGAGGCUAGCUCGUUGAAAACAUUGAAUCUUGGGCUAAACCAGAUAUAUUACAUCCAUGCCUCUGUGUUCGAUGGUCUUCGAAAGUUAGAGGUUCUGAGACUAAAUGAGAAUGAGCUAACCGAUCUGGAUAGCAGAAACCUGCUGACCACCGUAGAACUAAAACAAUUAUUCAUUUAUGGAAACAAGCUGACAUAUCUGAGAGAGGACCUCUUCCAGAAGGCCAAAAAGUUGGAAUGGUUGUUCUCAUUUAACAACAGAUUUACUCACAUCCCAGUUAAGACCUUUGCUGGAUUGACGAAGCUUAGAUUACUUUUGUUGUCCAACAACAACAUUCGUAGUGUAUAUCCUGGAACAUUUCAAGACCUGGUAAACCUGACCACGUUGGAUCUUGGACUUAACCAUUUAUCAGGUGUGAUAGGUGCUGGUAUGUUUUCUGGUCUAUUUAAGCUGUGGCGUGUAGAUCUGGGCCGAAACAAGUUUACGGGUAUUGACAGAAAUGCGUUCGUUGAUUGUCCUGAAAUAUCUGACAUUUCUUUGAGGAACAAUCUUCUCCACAGCAUACCAGUAGGUACGUUUAGAAAUCGUUUUCUUCAUGACAUAGAUCUAAGUGGCAAUAAAAUUAAAGAAUUACGUCCAGGUGUAUUUGGCAACUCACGGAUAUAUUCUUUAAACUUAAACCAUAACCAAAUAUCUGUUCUAAGCCAGGCGACACUUCCGAAAGACACAAAUUCCCUGUAUAAACUACAUCUACGAAGUAACAAUCUGGCCUCGGCGUCAUGGCCGACUGGGCUGGAAAAUCUGCUGGGAAAUCUGAAAGGAAUAAAUGACUUAGACCUGUCAAAUAAUCCCCUCGGAUAUAUCCCCAGGAAGGUGUUACAGUUGUUUGGUACGAUAUGGGAUCUUAAUCUGAGAAAUUGUAACAUACACAAGCUGCCUACUUAUGUUCUGAAUAUUUCUGAAAAUGUAGAUUUUUCCGAGAACAAUAUCCAAAGCCCUCUGUCAUUAAGGUGUAAAAACGCCUUGGCGCCUAGAAUUGAUGUUUCCAGUAGUAACAUUACUGCACUAAACAUACAAAUAAAAUUCAACAACUGGCUUUAUCUGUCGAUUGUAUGUGACAACAAUAAAAUUCAUGACCGUUUGUUGAUAGAAAUAUAUUAUCCAAAGAGCCUCAGACCUGACCUAAUAAUUUCCGCAAAAAACAAUAUGCUAGAGCAGCCCGUUCAGCUUCGCUUUAAAAGGAACCUUCGUAGUCAAAAUGUCUCCUUUCCUACAACUGUCGAUUUUUCAAACAACAAAUACGUGAAGAUAGAGGAAUUUCCGUUAGAGGUCACACUUACGUCCAAUGCUUGGGCUGAAAUCUGGGAUCCAUGUAGCAUAUCGACCAAAUUUGACAUACACGUGAAGUCUCUGAUCUUGUCGGGUAACGCCAUCUCAUGCAUUUUCCCGGAAGCUUGUCUUGGGGUCGUUGAAAAAUUAGAUCUUCGGAAUAACCGCCUGGAGGUUUUAGACAAGUUCAUGAUCAGGACGGAUUCUCCAGCUUUUAGACUACAAUAUUUGGAUCUUUCCGGGAACAGAAUUCAUCAAAUUACUGCGGAGUCCUUAAAAGGUCAACAGAAGUUGAAUAGUAAGAUUGAUCUUAGCCAUAACAAUCUUACUACCUUAGAGAGCUUUAAACCUCUUUUAGAGUUAAACAAUUUUAUAUAUGAUCGUGUCCAGCUAUCAGGAAACCCUAUAUCAUGUGGAUGUGAGCUUGCUUGGCUGAGAAACGAUUUCGCGAUUACCAAAUUGAGCGAUGUCCGCUGUCAUUCUCCAAGCAGCAUGACUAGUUAUCUGGCCUCGUCUUUUCCGUUAGACAGAUGUAGGAAGACACUGUCAGUUACUGACAGGAACGUCUCCUUGUGUAAAAAUGACCCGGCAAUAAAACUAUCAAGUGUAGCUGUUGAAGUCGAAAAAGAUGUAGCCAACGUAUCCUGGGUAAAACAUGGACAUGGAACGAUGACUGGCUUCAGGGUACGAUACCGCUCUAUUGAUAAUGAGAAGAUGGAAGAUGCAUUGUUAGUUCAACCCGACGUGGAGUUUGUGGUUCUUGCUGACCUCCGGAUGGACAAGAUAUACAAAAUAUGUGUAAGUGUAGUUCAAAUUUCCAGGAGAAAGAGUCCGGAAAUUUGUGCUGACGUUGAUAUUCCGGGUCCUUUCAUCUUAUCAAAUAAUCAUACAACUAAUGUUGGAGUUAACAAUUCACUAAGUAACAACACAGAUUAUACUGUUAAUGGAGUUAACAACUCAUUAAGGAACAUCACAGAUUAUACUGUAAAUAGCGCCAUUAUUGGCACAUCUUCAGCCUUAGGUUUAUGCGUUCUGGUGGCAGGAUGUGUGAUAGUUUAUCUAUGUUUACAACGACGUAAAUCCGGCAAAUGUUUGCCAAAUGUUUUCACUGUCAGUCCUACAUCAGUAAAUCCAUCAAACCAAUCUGACAGACCACCAGCUGUAACAGCUGACACAUCGACUCCAGCAGAGCAGCCAGAUGACGUUAUAAAUGUAUAUCUUCGACUGUCGACAGAAAGUGAAAGUGAAAGAGGGGAAGUAAAGAUAUAUGAGACCAUUGAAAUGUCGAAGGAGUACGAAAAUGUAAGCUUUAGAGCAUGACACUAUGGUCGAACGGUACGUAAACUAAGGUAUGAAAAGGUAAUUAUCUUAAAUAUAAAUGACUUACCUUCCAUGAAUUCACGAAAGCAUUUCCUUGUCGAUAAAUAAAGAAACCUUGUAAA